CCCACUUCUGUCCUAAUCAGCUCGACGAGGCUACGCUUUCAAACUUUUUAAUUUUGACUACAGAAAAUUGACAGCAUCAUUCAUGAUAAUACGCAAAGCUUCAGUUAAGGUUGUUGGUUGUUCUGAUUAUGUGAUGGGUGCCGUUUCUUGCAUGCUUCUUUUCUUUCUCUGUUGUCUAAUACCUGAAGCCAGUGCCCAGCAUCUCUUCCAAACCUGUGAUAACAACAACGGGAACUACACAGCUAAUGGCACCUAUAGCGCCAAUCUCAACACCCUUUUAUCCACUCUUUCUUCCAAAACAGAAAUCAACUAUGGUUUCUACAACUUCUCCCAUGGUCAAAACGCAGACAGAGUCAACGCCAUUGGGCUGUGCAGGGGAGAUGUGGAGCCAAAUCAGUGCCGCAGUUGCCUCAAAGAUGCCGGAGGCAAUAUCACACAGCUUUGUCCAAACCAGAAACAGGCUACUAUAUAUUAUGACAACUGCAUGUUGCGCUACUCAAACGACUCAAUAUUUGGGGUCUUGAAUAGUAACCCCCACUUUUAUAUGUGCAACCGAAAUAAUGCAACAGAAGCGGCUGAGUUCAAUCAAGUGCUCCAAAACUUAUUAAGGGAACUCCAAGGUAAAGCAGCAUCCGGUGACUCCCGUCGUAAGUAUGCUACGGAUAAUGACACAACUACCAAUUUUCAAGCCAUAUAUGGUCUUGUGCAAUGCACCCCUGAUUUGACUCAGACACAGUGCAACGAUUGCUUGGAUGUGGCUAUUUCACAAAUCCCAAUUUACUGCAAAGACAAGAGAGGUGGUAGAGUUGUUGGACCCAGCUGCAAUACUAGAUAUGAAGACUACCGCUUCUAUCGACAGACAACGAUAAUAGACCCAGAGACACCACCACCCACAAUUAACAAUUCCACGGAAGAAAGUAGCAACACAACAACAAUUGUCAUUGCCGUAGUUGUGCCUACUGUUGUUGUUGUUUUGCUCACCUGUCUCUUCAUUUGUUUAAGGAGGAGAAAGGCAAGGAAAAAUCUUGAAGUUAAAAAAGAAGAAAGAGAAGAAGAAGAUGAAGUUGAGGAUGAAAUUAAAAUUGCCGAAUCAUUGCAAUUCAACUUUGAGACAAUACGAGUUGCUACCGAGAACUUCUCUGAUUCUAAUAAACUUGGACAAGGCGGAUUUGGAGCUGUUUACCGGGGUAAACUCUCCAAUGGACAGAUAAUUGCAGUGAAAAGGUUGUCAAGAGAUUCUGGGCAAGGAGAUACGGAAUUUAAGAAUGAAGUGCUUUUAGUGGUGAAGCUUCAGCACCGAAAUUUAGUUAGGCUACUCGGUUUCUGCUUGGAAGGAAGAGAAAGACUACUUGUCUAUGAAUUUGUUCCCAAUAAAAGCCUUGAUUAUUUCAUAUUUGGUACUUUUUAUCACUGCAUAAAUACAAUCCUGUUCUAUCAUUACAAACCUAAUUAUUCAUAGAGUUAAAAACUGUUGGCGGCUAUAUAUGCAGAUCCAGCCAUGAAAGCACAAUUGGAUUGGGAAAAGCGCUACAAAAUCAUUAGAGGUAUUGCUCGAGGUCUUCUCUACCUUCACGAAGAUUCUCAACUACGAAUUAUCCAUCGAGAUCUCAAAGCAAGCAACAUUCUCUUAGAUGAAGAGAUGAAUCCUAAGAUAGCAGAUUUUGGCAUGGCAAGACUGGUUUUAUUGGAUCAAACUCAAGCAAACACAAGUAGAAUUGUUGGAACCUAUGGAUAUAUGGCACCAGAGUAUGCAAUGCAUGGACAGUUUUCGGUGAAAUCAGACGUCUUCAGUUUUGGUGUACUGAUUCUUGAGAUUGUAAGCGGCCAGAAAAACAGUGGAAUCAAUAAUGGGGAGAACAUGGAGGAUCUGCUAAGCUUCGCUUGGAGAAACUGGAAGGAGGGGAAGGCAUUAAAUAUUAUAGAUCCAUCACUCAACAACAAUUCACGGAAUGAAAUGCUUAGAUGCAUCCAUAUCGGUUUACUCUGUGUUCAAGAAAAUUUAAUUGAUAGACCGACCAUGGCUACUAUUAUACUGAUGCUUAACAGCUAUUCUCUGAGUCUUCCUAUUCCAGCAGAACCUGCAUUUUAUAUGAACAGUAGAACUAGAAGCUUUCCAGAAAUGCAGUCAUGGGAGUAUAAUUCAAGGGAAAUAGGAUCAAGUGAACCAAUACUUAAAUCAGCUCAAGAAUCAGAAAAUGAAGCUUCAAUUACUGAGUUAUACCCUCGCUAGAUGUUGUUCUUCAGAGUGGAUCUUUCAUCAUCCAUGUUUCUUCUCUUAAACCAAAAUACAAAGCCUUGUAGAAUGCAAAAUCUGGUUCAAAUACAUUGUUUGCCUAACCUAGGCCUGAAACCUGUGAGACCAUCAUAUUUGCUUAUUAAUAAUUUUUGUUGUGUUCUAAUUAAUUUAUAUCUUUAACUA